AUGUGGGCCCAAGACGUGAAGAACAAGAUGGGAUUUCUUGAGUGGAACACGCACGACAACCCAGUGAUAUGGAGCGAAGUUUCGGGGAAAUACAUCGGAGGUUGCUCGGAGUUCCGUCAGUGGGCUGAUACUCACUUAGGGAGGAUCGACUGGAACGCGAUCGAUGCUAUGGACGUGCACAAAGUCGCGGAAGAGAUGCUGGCAGAGCACAAGUCUUCCAACAAACCCUUGUUUGCUGACUUGUCACCAUGUGGCCCGAAAGUGAUCGCCGUCGUCACGACUCCGAGCACUUGUAUCUCUGAAGUCUUCCGCACCCUCAAGGAAGCCGAGCAGUCCUCUCUGUUCCUGAAACCUCCUUACCUGUGCGUCAACGAUUUCCUCCCGGUGGAGGGAUCCCAGAGAGCUGGGGAGGGCCAAGGGGAGCAGGGGAGGGACAAAGACCAGGAAACCUUAGCAGAGAGCGAGGACUCACCUAUUCAGCUCACCCCAGCCAACUUUGAAAGGGCAAUCCAAGAGGACAAAAUCGUGGAGCUCGAGGACAGCAAAGGAAGGAGAGGUGUUGCUGUCGAGGUUCUUCGUCGGCAAAGCUCAGAGAAUAAUGUCCUCUACUUUCAUGCGACAUUGAGGGGAUGCAGGACGCUGAGGAGGACGGGUGUCAACUGCAUCUGCUUCUUCCUUCUCCCAAGGAAUCUCGAUAGCGUCUUAUCAAACGCCAAGAGCAAGAAUGUCAAAGAGAAGAUCCAUGAGCUCGUCUUGUCCAAAAUGGAAAAGGGGUUGUUCGAUGAUGUCAUCUGCUCCAACGACGCCUACGCAGUUUAUCAUCGCCUCGUCUCGUCAAUCCAUCAAGUGUGGGAGGAGAAUCGGGCGAAACUGAGGCCAGGCCAUCUGGUGGGCAAGUGGGACGCAGUGAAGGGUUGCUUCCUCGAGGAGGCAGACACCAUGCAGCCCGCUGAGGGCUGUGGAGGAGACCACGCCGAUGAAUGA